AAAGCUUUAAGAGCUCUGGUGUAGGCGGUAUAAAAGGGAGGGCGACAGUCUGGCGAUAGUGGAGCCGCUACAAUUCUAUCAUCUCGUUCAUUUCAUUUCUUAAGAUGCUCAAUCCUCAUGAGGGCCAAGCGCUCUAUGCCCCCCCGGUGCCCGCCCCAGGCCCCAUGGUUCCCCCAGCUAGCAUGUUUGGCAAUGUACCAGGGUACGAGGACACUUUAGCUGGCGGAGGAGGAGGAUAUCUCCCCCCACCGAUGCCCUUACACCCGAAUCGGGAUCCAGAGCCUGCACCCGUACCACAAGACUGGAACAUCCCCUCCAUCACUGAAGAUGUGGCGCGGGAGCGUUUUAUAAUGUACGCCUCUGGUUACUGCUGCUAUAACAACGCCCCUGCCAAGGAUGGAGUGAUCACUAAUAUGCAGGCGUUCAACACCUAUCGGUACCGUUUGGAGACAUUCACAGAGUCUAGAUCUACAGAGUGGGCCACCAAGCCUUAUGAAGGUGAACCGGCAGACUUCUACACGCAGACUGCCCCACGGCCGUGGGAAAUCCCAGUGACCGGUCCCUCCCUGUUUCAAAACCACGAGGAGAACAUAAAAGUCCCUUACACUUCAUCUAACAAGCCCUGCCAUACUUGUAGUGCCUCUGGAAAGAUGCCUUGCCAUGAGUGCAGUGGGUCUGGAACGAAAGUUUGUUGGGUCUGCAAUGGAUCUGGCAGACAGGGAGGAGAUAGUCCCUGCAUCCAAUGCAAUCAAAGAGGAAGGGAGAACUGCUCUAAAUGUCAUGGUAAUGGGACGAAAGAAUGUGAGACCUGCAAGGGCAAGCAGCAACUGUUGACCUACAUCAACCUUAAAGUCGAGUGGAAGAAUAAUGUUGAAGACUAUGUUGUGGAGCAGAACAGUGGGCUGGAGGUUGACAAUCUGAGCGAUGUGACGGGAAAGACACUCUUCAAAAACGCCCAGUACAUGCUGUAUCCAGUGUAUGGCUUCCCAGAUCCGUCUUUAUCCCAGGCUUCAGACCGUUUGGUUAGAGAACACCAGGCGAAAUAUUCCCAGAACUCCCGCAUCCUUCAACAGCAACAAACCAUCGAGUUGAUUCCCAUCACCAAGGUGACCUACAAGUGGAAGGGAGGCAUCCAUGUUUACUAUAUCUAUGGGAACGAACACCAGGUCAAUGUUCCUGACUACCCUGCCACCUGCUGCUGCUCCAUCAUGUAACCAGUCAUGUCAGCCGGGCCAGCCACUUAACCAUAGCUCUUUUGGUGGAUGCGUCACCAGGCCAGCCCAAUACAGCUUGCCUUGACUCGGCUUAGUUCAGCUCCGUAUGAAAAAAAGUUUUGUUUAUCAGUUAGGUAUUGUAGGUAGUUCUUUAGGGCCUUUUGCCCUCCCCAGGAGUUUAGGGCUACAUGUAUUCUGAUCUGAAUAUUUAUUUUACCUUUAUUUAACCAGGCAAGUCAGUUAAGAACAAAUUCUUAUUUCCAAUAAUGGCCUGGGAACAGUGGGUUAACUGCCUGUUCAGGGGCAGAACGACAGAGUUGUACCUUGUCAGCUCGGGGGUUUGAACUUGCAAUCUUCCGGUUACUAGUCCAACGCUCUAACCACUAGGCUACCCUGCCGCCCCAUAUUGUUGUUUAUUUUAUAAUAAUUAUUGCAGCCCUGGAAUUUCAGGAAUUUGUUUUUUGUUUCAACUUUCAAAUUUUCACAAGUAAACUACUUUAUGCAAAGAUAUAGAAAAACUAAAGGCUAUUGAAGCAAAUUGCUGCAUGUCUGAUUCAUUCUUGUUACAAAUACCUUAGUCCAGUCAAUAAAGUGAAAAGGUGUUAUUCUAAUUCUAUAAUGAAAUAAACAAAUACAUAAAUUCAUUCAAACUUCAAAGAGAAAAGUUAAUCAUUUAUGUAAUUCUCCCUGUUGUUAGUGUUUUUUUGAGGUCAGUGUGUUAUGAGUGACAAUGUUAUGCUUUCUGAGUGAGGAUUGUUGCCAGAGUUAUGGUCCAACGAGCUUAUUUUGAGACAUGUAUGAAGAGUUUUGUUGGUUUGAGGGAGUGUUGGAGGUGAGAUGAACUGUUUGGCCAAGACACAUGUUGAUAAUGCAGACUGUGUGAAGAGUUUUGAAAAAGUGGCAUCAGUAUUAACCAACCAAAGCUUUAGUCAAUCUGGCCAUUGAGUUAAUUGCAUGAUCAUUAGGAUAAGAGUGAGAAAGCUUGUCAUAAUCAUGUUCUGAUGACUAGAAAAACUAUUUUAAUAUUAUAUUAACUAUCCUAUUCCAUUCUAGAAUGUUAUUUACUAUUCGAUCAAUAUAUUAGUAUUCAUAUUUUAAUAUAGUUAUAUCAGAGUUGUUUUCAUGAAAUCACCGCCUUAAGGGCUCGAUUUCAUUCCGUAGCGCAGAAGAUCUGCAUUGUAGUGCUGGUUGAAAUGUCGAGGGGAUUUCCAAUUGAGCCGACAUGUUCAGCGAGUACAGUCAAUGCUGUCUAAAGGUCUAUGUAACAAAUGUUGCACCGCAAACAUUGCCUUUAAGUGUCAACUGCACUUUCCUACAGAUUGAGUAGUCUUGACCCUACUGUACAAACGAUUCUCCGUGGUAAAGAUGUUUACCGGCCAAAGGGCUAACCUUGAGAUUAUACAUGCUGUCCUCUGAUUGUACAUGAUGUUCUCGGCUUGUACAUGCUGUCCUCUGAUUGUACAUGCUGUCCCCGGAUUGUACAUGCUGUCCUCGGAUUGUACAUGCUGUCCUCUGAUUGCACAUGCUGUCCAUUCAUUUUAAGAUAUUAAAGAAUGUUAUCCUUAGAGGAAACGUUUGUCUCCUGUUUUGAAUGGACAACACACGCAGUUCUAAGUUGAUUGAUUUACUGAUAGAUUGUCUUUCAUACAGUUUACUUGAUUACCCUGCCACCUUGUUUUUUGUGUGGUUUUUUUUACAUGGUCAAAUUGUUCCUAGAACCAGUGUCUAGAGCCGUGGGCCCAUUGUAAGCUACAUGACAGUUGUCAAUCGGCCACAUGUUGUCACGCCCUGACCUUACAGAUCCUUUUAUGUCUCUAUUUUGGUUUGGUCAGGGCGGGCAUUCUAUGUUUUGUGUUUCUAUGAUUUUCUAUUUCUAUGUUUUGGCCGGGUAUGGUUCUCAAUCAGGGACAGCUGUCUAUCGUUGUCUCUGACUGGGAACCAUACUCAGGUACCCUUUUUCCCACCUGUGUUUGUUAGCCAUAAGAUUCACGGUUUUGUUUUGUUUUGUUCUGUGUCUAUUCUUUAUUAAAGAACUUGUACGCUCA